AUGUCUUCCACCAUUGACGCUGUCUUCCAGGAGCACGCCUCCUUCGACCCUGAGGUCUCUUCUGCCCUCCCUCCUCCAGCUAAGGCUAUCCCGCCGGCAGUAUGGGACAACAUGAAGCGCACCUAUGUCGGUGACAACGCCAACAUCACUCGUGGGCUUCACAAGCUCACCGGUUUGCACCUUCGCCUUCGCGCCAUCAUCCCUUUAGCCUCCUUAAGGAGUAUAAGGCGGCGGCUCUCGAGCUUGUCACUUUCAUGUAUCCCAAGCGUCGUCUCUACGCUUCGAGUCAUGUUCCUGGCUCUGAAGGUGUUCAUGGAAUUCUGCGGUGACAAGGAUGUCGAUCUCGCUGUUCCGGCGGAGGUCUCUUGUCACUUGGCUUGGUCUGGUGCAGCCGUCAACACGCCUGUUGUCCCUCUUCCUGCCGGUGCUGAUCCUUUCGACAUUAGCUCGGCCUAUCGUGCUACCAAGAAGAUGGGUGUCCGUGCCAUUUCCAAAGGCCUUUGA